AUGAAUUUAAUCAACAAGGGUAAUAGGAUGUCCACCGGACCGCUGGCCCUACUGCUGCUCGGGUACUUGAUGAAGAUUGUAAAAACAGAGGAUGCGACGGACAUAGGAAGUCUGACUCCCGGAGAAAAGCUUAGUAAACUGCAUAAUGGUGAGAAAAUCUUUGCCGUGCUUGGCGUACUGGUCCUAGUUUGUUUUUUUAUCGUGCUUGGGAUAACAGCAGCUUUUCCAAAGAACGAAAGGCGCAUUUUGCCGGACCAACCAAAGAGCCUAGAGGCUCAUCUCAAGGCAGCUGUCUACGUAAUAACAGUUCUAGGGUGCAUCUUCUUGAUUUUAUUUCUAGUCUGUGGAUCUUACCUAUACUACUUGGAUGGUAGCGUGACCCUGUGCCAAAAAGUCUGCCUUUACCUUGGCAUGUUGCUUUUCACCGGAGCUCUCGUCAUGAUUGUCUUGGUAAUCUUUCUAAACACGGAAGGAGACAUAGAUGAGGAUGUUGUAAGUGCGUACAACUCGGAAUAUGCGUUCGUUGUUCUAUGCUUAAUCUUUUUUAUCGCAUUCAUACUCGGCGCCUGCCGACAGUGCCAUUUUAAGAGGCCACUUAGUACGUGUCAAAUAAUAUUUCUCGCGCUUAGCAUAUCUACACUCUUGUCUUUCGUAGCGGUAAUAGCAUCAACAAUUGCUACAUAUAUGCUUACGAACUAUAUGCGGUCUAAGGAUUCUGAGUCGGAUUCGUCGGCACAUGUCAGUGGGAUUCCUAUCGAUGGGCUAGAACGCCUAAUGUAUGCCAAACCCACAUUGCUAUGGGUUUUCUUUAUUUUUGUAAUCGCACUACUAUCACUAUCUUGCUAUAUGGGUUUCUUCGGACAACACUUUACUGCCACUGAAGUCGCGUUUGCGACUCUAGGGAUCCUUGUCAUAUUAUGCUUCGUCUUGCUUAUCUUAUAUUUUCUCGGUGAACAUCAUGACAAACCCGAAGCACAUGCUAUUAUUGCUAUUCAAUGCGUUUUACUAAUACCUUUUCUCUACUGCGCCUAUCGCCUGCAUCUUCUCGACUCUACCAUCGAAUGCCUUCAACGAAUUUUCAAACGUAGUACCAACGCCAAAAAUUUAGUUGGUGUCACCACGGAACCACCUGGAAAGGUAGUCGAAACAGAUAACUAA